AUGCAAGUGAACAGCACACUAGUUGAGGUUAGGAGAAUUGAGGCAACCCUCCCAAUUGGAAAGAAGAUUGUGCCUAAAGGAAAUGCGACAUCAAGGAAUGAGACAAGCGCAAUUGUCUCCCUGAACAUUGAAGUUGGCGAGAAUGUCUUCGCCUUUGUUCAACACUCUUCACUCCAAGAGACAUCGGUUAUUUUCGAAAUCGACGUCUUUGUUCCCGUAACGCUUGCCGAAAAGCUGACGUGCAAGUUUGAAGUAAAUGACAUCACUGGCUCUAAUGGAAUUGCCGUUGCAACAGCUUACAACAUUCAAAAAUUGUUCGAUGCUGCAGUCCACUCGCCGACAGAUGGGACUAUAAUGGGGACAGCAACCCAGAUCCUAGAAAUCCUCGUCAUUCCAGCUUUUGUCAAGUCUUCGUCAAUCACAUUCAGAGUAACCUCUGACGCCUUUUUUGAAGACAUCUAUCCUGUGCACGCACGAAUCUCUCGUUUCGACAAUGGAAUCAAAGUCGAACCGAACUGCGAACCGGUGCUGUCCCGAAGAAUUGGAGAGGUGUUAUUGACACAGUGUGGAGUGACGUCGAGAGAGUCAUGUGCAGCAAUGCAUUGGCAUCUCUACCUUCAAUUCGCGUUGUCUGCUCCACCUCGCGUUUCCAUCCACCUGGCCACAUCGAUUGAUGGUCAGACACACUGGCGGAACGUUAUUCUGAAAUUCGCGAUUCCCAAAAUCGUGCUAAAAGCUCUUGGCGUCUCGUCUUUCACUAUACAUCCUAUCGGACGGCUUCCCCUCAGAGGAACUGGGAUAUUCCUUGUCACCAUAGCAUUAUCCCCGUUCACUCUGGCUGACUACGCACUGGAGUGCCAUGCAGCAGUUUCAAACGAGAGGUUGCCAAGUAGACUGAGAUUUGCUAAUUGGAAUACCUUGAAUUCUGCCUUUGCAAAUGUUAAUUCGAAUCGCGGGACGUGCUCAGGGAACACGGUGAAUUUCGGCAAGUUGCUUAGCUCUGAUUCUCACCAACCUGGUAGUUUACUCGUUGCCGAGUUGGCUGUUCUUGCCGACUUCCCAAAGCGCGUUCAGGGGAGCGUAACCUGUUUGCUUGCGUUCGACAAUGCGAUUUUGAAAACAGCGACCACAACUUUUACUGCGUCACCGGUUGCAUCUUCAUUAAAGCCACAACCACUGGACCCUACGACCUGGACCAUAAAGGUUCUUGACGUGCUCACACGGACACCAUUCAACAGACCACUUCUUCCGGGAGAGGUAGCUCUGAUUGAGUUUGAGUUCACCGUGCCACCAACCACAGCCGUGAACUCAAAGCCUUUCAUUGAGAUUGUGAGUGGCGGUGAUGCCACACUUGAUUCCCCGCACAUUCUCGCUGUCGGCGAAAGCGUCUAUUGGGCCGAAAACUACCAAAAUUGCAUAACGGCUGAUAAGGUUAACCAGCAUCCAAUCGAGAAGUACAUCUUUGACAUGGGGACUCUACUCGUCAAGGAUAACGUCAACUCGAAGGUCAUCGUGGCAUGCUACGUACGAGCGAUAUUCUCUAGAAUUCCAUGGUUUGCAAACAUAAUCGUGAGGGGGAAUCUGGAAAACUACACCGUCACAGAUGCCGUUACCAUAUCGAGUUCGUCCAACGUGCAACGUGAGAAGCCAUUUAGCAAACACGAUAUUUCAUUGUCACUUGUGGGGCCGAACGUUGUCGAAAUGAUGUUUAAAGAAUACCAAACUCUCAAAUUCCGCUUCUGUGCAAAACCCGGAGUGCACCUUAACGACCUGCGAUUUGAAGCCUACUCUGAAGACCACACUUAUGCGGAGGAACUUCUCACAGUGGAUUGUUUUUCAUACAGUGCUUCUGUCAACUACCCAGGCCUCAAUUUCGCUGCACCGAGGACCCUGCUGGAUAGGCGAAAUUCAACUGGUCACGUAUGGCGGCACAAAAUCUCACUUGGUCCGGUCUUCAACUCC